AUGGAUCCCUCCAAAGCGGCUCUGUUGCCGUUCGAUGUUUCGGAUACUGGUUCAACCGGAACCAGAUGGACGAAAUGGAAGAGAUCGUUAGAGUUAUUCCUUGAAGUGAAUUGUAUUGUGCUACCAUCCAGAAAACGGUCGUAUUUGUUGCAUUAUGCCGGGACCGAAGUCCAGGAUAUUUUUUAUAAUUUGGAAGGGCAUGACGCGGUUGCUCCCUACGGCACAGAUGUGUAUCGAGAAGCUAUUCGUUUGUUAGACAAUUAUUUCGCGCCAUUAACGAGCAUUCCUUUUGAGCGUUUCAAUUUUCGGAGAAUUAAACAACAAGAUGGCGAAUCUCUUGAUAAGUUUAUUCAGCGACUCAGAGACCAGGGACGUCUUUGUGGCUACGGUGAAGCUCUGGAUAUGCGUAUAACCGAGCAAGUGUUUGACAAUAGUAAUUCGGACGCAUUAAGAGAAGUGAUUCUUAAAAAGAAGCUCAUGACGGUUCAAGAGAUCGCAGAGGAAGGUCGAAUCUUGGAAACAUUAAAAGUGAAUAAAGAACUUUUGAAAAAGCCGACUGAUGAAAACGCUAUCGGCCUAGUACGAAGAAACAAAGAAGAACACUGCUAUAGAUGUGGUGAACAGGGCCAUUUUGCCAACAAUAAAAAGUGUCCAGCUAUGUCGGAAUUCUGUAAGAAAUGCAACCGCAAGGGACAUUAUGCGAAUCAGUGUAAAACAAAAUAUAAAAGUGCUGGGGAGCAAUCGCGAAGCAAAAAUAGGGUCCGACAAGUGAGAUGUAGUGACAAAUCGAGUUCCUCGGGAUCUGACUCGGAAGAAUCCGACAACCAGCUAGCUCAAGUAUAUGCAGCUGAGUUAGCAUCGGACGUGGUGACGUGUUUCGUGGGGGGAGUCAAACUUAAUUGGGUGGUUGACUCCGGGGCUCAUGUGAACGUUAUAAACCGGGAAACUUAUAAACUGCUUCGAAAAAAUGGAUGUAUAAUGACCAAAUCGGAGAGGUCAUCUAAAGAACUGAAAGUGUACGGUGAUGGAAGACUAAAAGUGUAUAAAGUGAUUAAAACCGAUAUUGCUACAAAGAGCAAAACAGUGCAUCAUGAAAUCUACGUAGUAGAAACGAAAAGAGGAGCUAACCUUCUAAGCAAGAAAACAUCGAUGGAGCUAGGACUACUGGAGAUCCAUGGCGAAAUUUUCAACAUCGGAAAACCUUGUGAGCCAUCCAUUGGCAAGCUCAAACAUGUACAGGUGGAGAUAAAGAUUGAUAGUGCGAUUCCUCCAGUUCAACAGUCCUGUCGUCGACUUCCAAUACCGCUUCAACCUUUGGUGGAUGAGAAAUUGGAAAGCUUAUUGAAGCAAGACGUAAUCGAACCCGCACCUUUGGAUAUAACGUGGGCUUCUCCAUUGGUGGUAACGCCGAAAGACGGUGGUCGAGAUGUACGAAUCUGCGUGGACAUGCGAAAAGCCAACAAGGCAAUUAUUCCGGAAAAGCAUCCAUUGCCAACGUUCGAGGAAAUAAUGCCCCACUUGGACGGCUGUAAGUUAUUCAGUAAAAUAGAUCUCGUGAAAGCAUUCCACCAAAUCGAGCUUGCUCCCAACUCACGGGACAUAACGACCUUUGUUACUCAAGAUGGCUACUAUCGCUACAAAAGGUUAAUGUUUGGAAUGAAGGUCGCAGCUGAAAUAUUCCAGCGUUGUAUAGAGCGAGUGCUAAAAGGGUUGAAAGGAGUCAAGGUUUUUAUUGACGACAUUCUGGUGUACGCAUCAAGUAAAGGCGAACACGAUAUCCGACUGAAGGCAGUACUAGACCGACUAAAGGAAUUUGGAUUCACGAUAAACGAGGCCAAGUGCGAAUACGGAAAAUCAUCCGUUGUAUUCAUGGGUCACCUGCUAUCAAACAAAGGUAUCCUUCCAUCGGACGAUAAGGUGAGUGCCAUUAAAAAUUUUCGACGACCUCAAAAUGCUACCGAAAUGCGAAGCUUUCUGGGCUUAGCCAAUUAUGUCGGUAGAUUCAUACCAAAUCUAUCGACAUUAAGCGCCCCACUUAGAGACAUGACGAUCAAAAACACGAAAUUCCGAUGGAAUUCAGCAGCCAAAAUUGCUUUCACACAAAUUAAAGAAGCGUUAGCCAACCCAAAGCACCUUGCGUACUAUGGCACGCAGUACCCUACGAUAUUAGUAACUGACGCUAGCGAUACGGGAUUAGGCGCAGUACUCCUACAGGUAGUAAGAUCGAAGCCCAGACCCAUAAGUUAUGCGAGUAAAAGUCUUUCCAAAACCGAAAAAAAAUACUCAACUCUAGACAAAGAAGCAUUAGCCAUAGUGUGGGCGACAGAGCGCUAUGAAAUGUAUCUUCGAGGACUAGACUUUACGAUCGUAACGGACCACAAGCCUCUAGUAAAAAUAUUCAGUGAGUCUUCGAAGCCAAACCAACGCCAAGAAAGAUGGGUCCUCAGAAUGCAAUCUUUCCGGUACAGUAUUGUUUAUUCACCGGGAGAGACAAACAUUGCCGAUCCCUUGUCGCGUCUUUCCGAAUGCGAUAUAGCAAAAACAUUCGACAAACAAACAGAACAUGUUUUAAGCGCUAUAGUUGAAGUUACUAAACCAACUGCCCUGACUAUGUCCGAAAUCGUUCGUCAAUCCCAGGAAGAUGAACAAAUCCAAUGCGUGAUGCGCGCAUUGAUAGAUGGCGACUGGGACUCGGUUCCUAAAGGGUUUCUUCCAUUCAAGACCGAGUUAUGCUCAGUGAGAGACGUACUGCUACGAGCUAACAAAAUUGUGAUCCCAGAAGGACUUCGAGCCGGUGUGCUGGACCUUUCCCACGUAGGGCACCCUGGAAAAGAGAAAAUGAAACGUCGAUUGAGAGCUGCUGUGUGGUGGCCGGGGAUAGACAUGGAUGUGGAGAAAAAAUGCAGAAGGUGCGUAGAAUGUCUAAUGGUCAGCCUACCCAAUAAACCAGAACCACUCCGUAUUCGUGAAUUGCCGUCAACUGCUUGGUUCCAUUUAAGCGCUGAUUUCUUAGGUCCUCUGCCAAACGGAAAAUAUAUCUUCGUUUUGGUGGAUCUGUAUAGUCGAUUUGUGAUUGCUGAAUUUAUUACCAGAACUACUUCCGCCGAUGUUAUCCGCUUCCUAAAACAAGUCUUCACUAGAAUGGGCCUCCCAACAGUUUUGACCACAGAUAAUGCGAAAAACUUUUCAAGCCAAGAACUCAAGGACUACUGCGUUGACUUCGGUAUAAAACUGUCACACACAACACCUUACUGGCCAAGCGCAAACGGAGAAGUUGAGAGGCAGAACCGAUCUCUGUUGAAGGUUUUAAAAAUUAGCCAACAGAAAGGUACAAAUCUGGAGGAAGCCCUACAGGAAUACUUAUAUAUGUACUCUGUAACACCUCACAGCGUGACCGGGGUUGCCCCCGCAACAUUAAUGUUCGGUAGGCGAUUCCGUGAUCUGUUUCCACAUUGGAACGAAGUUGAAACCUUGGACGAAGAAAUGCGCGAUAGAGAUAACCUCAUCAAACACCAAACGAAGGAGAGUCGGGACAGACGAGUGGGAGCCAAGGAAGCAUCUAUCCAGGUGGGAGACGAGGUGCUAAUGAAAAACACGCUGCCAAGAAAUAAACUGUCUCCAACUUUCUUGCCGACUCCUACAACAGUAACUGCCAAGCACGGUAGCUCUAUCACCGUAAAGGCUCCAUCCGGACAAGAGUACACACGAAACAGCUCACAUCUUAAACUCAUACCACGAACACAGGAAGAACGUAACUCGGUGUCAUCGGAUGCCUUUGAAGCUGAAGAGUGGAAUAAGGAUUCGUCAGGAUGCAGCCGCUCCCGUCCAACGCGUAUCACAUCUGCACCUAAGAGGUUCGAGGACUACAUCAUGCAACCGGCAGAUAGUGUCUUCGAAUAA